GCUAAGUGAAAGAAAGAAGAAGAAGAAGAGUCCAAAUGCACCAAUCACCUCGUGACUAAACUUCAUCUUCAUCUUCCUCUCUCUCUCCGUCAUCUUCACGGCACACCAAUACUCACACAAAAAAAGAAAGAAAGAAAGAAAGAAAAAGCUUACCCUUCUCUCUCUGUUACGUUUACUCAAGUCUUCAGUCUCCUUUUUUAAGUUUUAACUCUCAAGCCUCUUCCUCUCCUUUUUCUCAAGCGUCUCUCUUCCUAGCAAGUUAGUUUACUUUCUAUUCUUGCUUCUUUCGAUCUCUGUGCUUUUCUUCCCGAUCUGUUCUAGUAAACUGGUGUAUAUCAAUGAGUUCCAUUGGUCUGUGAGCCAUAUCCUAAGAACUUAACUGAACACUGCUUGCUAUGACGGAGAGGAAACUGAACUUUAACGCUCCUCUUCUUUCAACAAGGCGGAUGCAGAACACAACAGCCGUCUCUGUUCGUAGGAACAAGAGUAAUAACUUCAUUGAUUAUGACUCCAAGACAAGUGAAAGUCCUUCCGUUUCAGUUCUUGUCCCUGAGAUGAUGGGUUUAGAUCAGUUUACUGAACCUGUCUCUGUUCCUUUCACUUGGGAGCAAGCUCCUGGGAGAUUAAGGGGCAAUGAUUUGAGACCACAAGUCUGUGACUUGACCCAAGAAGAAGAAGUCCUUAAACCAUGUCUUCCACCGGGUAAAGCCAUUGAUGGAAACAUGACAAGACUGCAGAGUUCAAAGGGUAAACAAGUUGAAGAACCAGAGGAUGAUGAAGAUGAUGUGUUUUCUGAUGCUCGUGAUACACUUUCUCCAAAAGACUCGUUUUCUUUUAACAACAGCAUCAUAAGUGGUGUGAGUGGAUAUAGUGGUGUUGAGGCCAAGAAACCACUAAAACUUUCUGAGGAUACUCAAUCUCGGGAUUUCAUGAUGAGUCGGUUUUUACCAGCUGCCAAAGCCAUGACUGUGGAGCAGUCUCAUUAUGCUUCCAAUCGCAAACCAUCGAGUUUUAUGCCUGAGCCAACGAUACAGGUAAGAGAGUUAGUACCGGGGGAGAAGCAACAAACUCCUAAUAGGUAUGAUGACGAGUCUAUAGUCCCAUCUUAUUAUUACCACCAAGACAUUGAUGAUGAAGAAAGCAUUGUGGAUGAGGAAGUAGCUUCUGAGUAUGCCUAUAUUUCAAAGAGAGGUUGUGGGAUGUUGCCACAAUUGUGCUUUAAAGAGUCUCUAAGCAUGUUGAAUACAGUACCUGGUUUAAAAGCCAAGCACAACUCUCCAGUAACAUCCUCAAGUCAUGAUCUAGUGAAGUCAAGCAAGGUUUCUCAACUUAAAUCUCGAUUCCAAACUGUAAAAAAGCUGGCUCUUGAUUCAGUUUCUAAGCACAAGUUGAGUGGUAAAGUUCAGUCACCGGUUCAUCAAAGCAUUGGGAAGAAGUUCAACUCUGAAUCAAACUUGCUUUCUGCUGCAAACAGGUCUUCAUCUCCUUACAGACACACUCGGUGUAUGUCACCUUUCCGCAGUACAGGCAACAGUUCUCCUUUCCACCCUGUGGGUUUCCCUGAGACUCGUAAGGAAACCGAGAACCUGCGAGCUAACAGGCUGAGCAAGCAUACUAGAAACAUAAGCAUGUCUCAGGAGUUACUCUACCAAAAAAGCAAUGAUUCCACCAGCUCACUCUUGGAGAAGACAGUAUAUGUUGACACAGAGAAUGAUCCCAUGACUGAAGAUCAGCGUAACUCAAAUGUCAUGAUCUUUCCAGAAGAAGCAGACAUGGCAAGAAAGAAAAAAGACGGCAAUCCUGACCUUGAAGCUUUUGAAGAUAUAAGUAUCAGAAGAAGUGGUGAAAUGGUGAAUGGAGAUGAGUUAGAAAAGAUCAAUAGUGGUUCAGAUUGGUCACUUCUUGCACCACCAUCUCCCAAAAAGCCUUCUGAAUCUUGGCUUUGUCAUAAUCUGCCUUCAGUAGCCUCUCAGAUCCCUUCACGUAGAUAUUCAUUCAACCUCCAAAAGCAGGAUCUUACAGAAAACUACAGAGAUGUUACCAAGUGGGAAACUAUUGUUAAGACUUCCUAUAUGCACAGAGAUCAUAUGCGGUAUUCUGAAGAACUGAUUGCUCACACGUCUCAUCAAUCCAAAACUUGGGCUUGACGCUUCUCUUAAGACAUGGCUUCCCCUGGACAUCAGGUUUAUACUUUAUACAUACGGUUCAGUUCUAUUAGCACUAGUGUGAUUGGUUUAUGAACCUUAUGAAAUAUACACUCUUGACUGAUAUACAUGUGCAGCUUCAAUAUUUGUGAGUUUACCUGAUAGAUGAACCUGAGUUCUUGGUAAAAAUGCUCUAAACCGAUUCAGAUUAAAA